GAAAAUGUGAACGCAGCAAUUAAGGCCCUGGAGAAUUUUGAGGAAUGGGCUGAUACAGAAAAAUCAAAGGAUGACCAGUUCGAUUCUUUUUUUGAGUUUGAUGCUAAACUAGUGCGGAAACAGAUUUUAAUUGAACUUCGAAUCAGCCUUGAACGUGUCUCGCUUGGACUUGGACCACUGGGAGAGGUUUUGUUGCCCUUCCUCGAGACAUUUAACGAUGUGGUAGAUUCCAUACAAGAUAUUACAAAGGCGUUAAGAGGACUUAAAGAAGGGUAUGAGCUCUCUAAAUCCUUAAUAGACAAUGUGUUUGGGCCAAAGAUUGCAAAGCGGUUUCCGAGGAAAUAUUUGGAAUCAGAGAAAUGUGGAAAUGGCUUUUAUCCAUCAACCCAAAGAGGAAACUAUGAAUAUGACGGUGCACAACUGCAAGUAGAUGCGGGGACUAAGAUAGUUGUUCCCUUUUCUGGAAGACUAUUUAUAUCUGGACAAAACCAGGUGACUAUUCAUAUUGAAGAAAUG